AACGGUAGAGGUUAUCAUAUAAUUACUGAACCAAACACUUCGAUAGAUAUAAAUGUUUACUUCUAUAUUUUACAUCACCCUCUUAAUUUAGUUCUUAACACUUGUUGAGUGUAACACCUUUCAUAAUGUUGCUCACGUUUACUCUUGUUUUGUUCACCGCUCAUCAUUCGUUGUCAGCACCAACAAACCAAAAAGAAUUUGAUAAUGCAGCGAAAACAUUGAUUAAGUAUGGUUACUUAGACAAUAACUACAGAAAUUCCGAAAACAUGGAGGAUGCCGUUAAGGAAGCUGUGAUGAGAUAUCAGGAGUUUGCAGGGAUAGAAAUGAAUGGCAAUAUUGACGAUAAUGUUAAGAUGAUGAUGGCUUCACCAAGAUGCGGUGUUCCGGACGUUCUCAAUUAUAAAGCAAUAACUUCUUGGCCAAAAAAUAGCCUCACUUAUUCCAUCAGAAGCAAAUCAAAUAAAUUGAAUUCCGGUGAAGUCAGUCACAUUAUCAGGUCUGCUUUCGACAUUUGGACGAAGUACGUCGAUUUGAAGUUCACUGAAAGUGCGAGGUAUUCGGACAUUAAUAUACAUUUUUUUACUGGUGACCAUGCAGAUGGUUCACCGUUCGAUGGACCUGGCAGUGUGUUAGGUCAUGCUCUGUUUCCACCUUAUGGUAUUCUACAUUUCGACGAUGACGAGGAUUGGAAUAGAAGUAUCCAGCUGUUUCAAGUGGCGGCACACGAGAUUGGUCAUGUUUUAGGAUUGGAUCACUCCACGGUUAAAGGAUCUUUGAUGUUUCCUUACUACAAUCGCUUUAAAGAUUUCACUCAAGAUCUCCAUCAAGAUGAUAUUGAUGGCAUACGGUCUUUGUAUGAUGAGAACCAAAAGAAAUGUCGUAGCGUAACGUCGAUAGUUUUAUUAUCAGGGAAGUACACGAUAUUUUUCGGUGCCGAAUACUACCGAAAUGGAGUCAUCAAGAAGAUAAUUGAUACAUGGCCAAUCGCAACUAACAACAUGAAUAAAAUGAGGAUCAGUCAAUAUGAAGACUCAAUGCUUUUCUUUCACGGAUUAAAUUAUACUAAAAUAGAGAACGGCACAACCGUGCAGAGAGUUAUCAAAACGCAAUUCGGGAUUUCAGGACCCGUAGAUGCGGUUGUCAAUAUUAAGGGGCGCUUAUAUUUCUUCAAAUCUGGACAAUAUUGGGUAUUCAAUCCGAAUAAGUAUCCGAGAAUCGCAAAUACCUAUCCGAAAUCCAUAAGUGAUUUCAAAUUUCCCGCGGAUCUGGACACCGUGUACUAUAAUGAAAAUAGAAACAUUUUGGUGGCAAUUAAAAAUAAUAAGGUGUACAUGUACAACUUCAUGACUAAAUCUGUCAGUAUUAGUAAUCUCGCAAAUAUAUUUUGUUUCUAAACUUGAAUAUCGAUUUAAAGUUAUAAGGAACAGAAAAAAUAUGUUAACACACGUUUUUAGUGAAAUAUUAUCAAAUAAAUAUAAUAAUAACAUA